UUUUAUUUUUCCCAAGGAUCUCACAAACAGGGAAAUUCAAACUGAAUGAUUCUGUGCCGUGGUUACUUCUACAGCCAAGACCAGAUUUCUCUUAGAAAAAGUGUUUGCUCUGUUCCUUCUUUUCCCCACUCCCUCUUUUUCUUCCCUAUAAGCACAAAGGCUUUAAAAACUAAGAUCUGUAGUUCUUUUUGCUUUUUCGCGUUACCGUGACAGCAUGUAUCUCUGUUGCUGAAGAAUGAAGCAGGCAGGCUAGAGUUUUUUUUACGUUCAGUGCUUUUGGGACCACUAAAGAGAAGUCCACAGAGAAAUAUGUACAGCAACUGUGCCAACUGAGUUUCUCAUGCCUGUUAUCUGUCACUUAUUCUGACUAAAAGGGUGAAAGAAUGAUGUGAUGGAGGUGAAUAUGGGCCACUGGUCAGGCUCACGGCUACCUCUGUCAUGCCUUGCCCUUCUGAUUGUCAAGCUCCUGGCCUCCAUUUGCCAGGUAGCUCAUGGGACCACCCCGCUUGGCUUUCACUUUACACAUUCCACUUACAAUGCUACGGUGUACGAGAAUUCUGCAGCCAGGACCUAUGUCAACAGUCAAACAAGGAUGGGCAUUACCUUGGCUGACCUUUCAUGGGAUAUCAAGUACCGGAUAGUGUCUGGUGAUGACGAGGGCUUUUUUAAAGCAGAGGAGGUCAUUAUUGCUGACUUUUGCUUCCUAAGAAUAAGGACUAAAGGGGGGAAUUCUGCUAUAUUGAACAGAGAAAUCCAGGACAACUAUUUAUUGAUGGUGAAAGGAUCUGUCAGAGGAGAGGACUUGGAAGCAUGGACAAAAGUGAACAUCCAGGUUUUGGAUAUGAAUGACUUAAGACCUUUGUUUUCACCAACCACGUACUCUGUCACGAUAGCGGAAAGCACUCCUUUAAGGACUAGCAUUGCACAAGUGACCGCAACAGAUGCGGAUAUUGGGUCCAAUGGUGAAUUUUAUUAUUACUUCAAAAACAAAGUUGAUCUCUUCUCAGUUCAUCCUACAAGUGGUGUUAUCUCCUUAAGUGGCCGCUUAAACUAUGAUGAAAAAAACAGAUACGAUCUUGAGAUUUUGGCUGUGGACCGUGGGAUGAAGCUUUACGGAAACAAUGGCGUAAGCAGCACUGCCAAGCUUUAUGUUCACAUUGAACGUAUAAAUGAACAUGCCCCGACGAUAAAUGUAGUAACCCAUAUUCCCUUCCCAUCAGACAAGGAGCCUAUCUAUGCAGUUGUUAACAUUGACGACCUGGAUGAAGGAGCCAAUGGAGAAAUAGAAUCUGUUUCUAUUGUGGCUGGAGAUCCACUAGAACAGUUCUUUCUGACUAAAGAAGGUAAAUGGAUGAAUGAGUACAAAAUCAAAGAAAGAAAGCCUAUUGAUUGGGACACCUUCCCAUAUGGUUAUAAUCUUACCCUCCAAGCGAAGGACAAAGGAUCUCCUCAGAAAUUUUCUGCGGUCAAACUGGUCCACAUUGCUAGUCCCAAGAAAGAAAGUAUCCCCAUGAAGUUCGAAAAGGAAGCAUAUGAUUUUUUGAUCAGUGAAUUUUCACCUCCUGGUGUGGUGGUUGCAGCAGUUAAGCUGAUGCCUGAGCCACAGGGUGUGGAAUAUAGAAUAUCUCCAAGUGAGGAAGCUGAGUAUUUUAAGAUCAAUCCUAACACAGGGCUUAUUACUACUGCUCGUCCUUUGAAAAUCGUUGAGAAGGACGUCUAUGAAUUAGAAGUAUAUACGAACAAAGGUGGUGAUUUAAAAGCACACGUUACUGUCAGGUUAGAAGAUGCCAACGAUCACACUCCGGAGUUCCAGCAGCCCUCCUACAGCUCGUUCGUCAACGAAAGCGUCCCUGUGGGGUCUAGUGUUUUGGCAGUUUCAGCAGUUGAUAAAGAUAGGGGGGAAAAUGGAUACAUAACAUACAGCAUUGCCAGUCUGAACUCGUUACCAUUUACAAUAAACCAGUUUACAGGUGUCAUCAGCACAUCUGAAGAACUGGAUUUUGAGUCCUCACCAGAAAGCUACAGGUUCAUUGUGAGAGCCUCCGACUGGGGUUCUCCCUACCGCCAUGAAAGCGAGGUGAAUGUCACCAUAUACAUAGGCAAUGUCAAUGAUAACAAACCCCUCUUUGAAAAAGUGGCAUGUCAGGGAGUGAUUUCUUCUGAUUUUCCCGUUGGUGGUCACAUCACUGCUGUUUCUGCAAUAGACAUAGAUGAGUUAGAGCUUGUGAAGUACAAAAUAAUCUCUGGAAAUGAACUUGGCAUUUUUUAUUUAAAUCCUGACUCUGGUGUCCUGCAACUUAAAAAAUCUCUAAUUAAUUCUGGCAUAAAGAACAGCAAUUUUGGCCUUAAGAUAACGGCAACUGAUGGAGAGAACUUUGCUGAUGCUAUGUUUGUUAAUAUUUCGGUAGUUCAUGGGAAAGUGUCUUCAAAGACCUUUAGCUGUAGAGAAACUAGAGUCGCUCAAAAGCUAGCAGAAAAAUUACUCAAAAAGGCAAAAGCAAAUGUGAAACUGAAUUUGGAAGAUGGUUUUCUCGAUUUUUAUUCAGUGAACAGGCAGGCACCGCAUUUUGACAAAUCCUUCCCUACUGAUGUAAAGGUUUCGGAGGAUCUGCCAGUUGGUGCCACCAUCCUGAGGAUAAAAGCCUAUGAUGCAGACUCAGGCUUUAAUGGAAGAGUACUUUAUACAAUUUCUGAUGGUAAUGUAGAUAGUUGUUUCAACAUUGACGUGGAGACGGGGGUGCUUAAUGUUCUUAUGCCCUUGGACCGUGAAAAAGCAGAGCUCUAUCUCCUUAAUAUUACCAUUUAUGAUUUAGGUAAUCCACAGAAAUCUGCUUGGAGACUGUUGACUGUUACUGUGGAGGACGCAAAUGAUAACAAGCCUGUUUUUUUACAGGACAGUUACUCAGUUAAUAUUUUAGAAAGUACAAGUCUUGGUACAGAGAUUAUUCAGGUAGAAGCCAGAGAUAAAGACCUAGGACCUAAUGGUGAAGUGACUUACUCAGUACUGACAGACACCCAGCAAUUUGCUAUCAACAGUUCCACAGGAAUGGUGUAUGUGGCCGAUCAACUAGACCGGGAAUCAAAAGCAAACUACACUCUGAAGAUCGAGGCUAGGGACAAAGCAGAGAGUGGCCAUCAGCAAUUUUCCGUUGUGCCUCUGAAGGUUUUUUUGGAUGAUGUCAAUGAUUGCUCUCCAGCCUUUAUACCAUCCAGCUACAAUGUGAAGGUCCUUGAGGACCUGCCAGUUGGCACUGUCAUAGCUUGGUUGGAAACUCACGAUCCAGAUCUCGGCUUGGGAGGCCAAGUCCGUUACUCGCUGGUGAACGAUUACAAUGGGCGGUUUGAGAUAGACAAAGCGAGCGGUGCCAUCCGCUUGAACAAAGAGCUCGAUUACGAGAAGCAGCAGUUUUACAACCUGACUGUGCGCGCAAAGGACAAGGGGCGCCCGGUUUCCCUCUCUUCGGUUUCUUUUGUGGAAGUUGAAGUGGUGGAUGUUAACGAAAAUCUCUAUACCCCCUAUUUUCCUGACUUUGCUGUCAUUGGAUCUGUAAAGGAAAACUCCCGCAUUGGUACAAGUGUUUUGCAAGUUGUUGCUCGAGACGAGGACUCUGGAAGGGAUGGAGAGAUCCAGUAUUCCAUUAGGGAUGGCAGUGGCCUGGGGAGAUUCAGCAUAGAUGAAGAAACCGGAGUUAUCUACACAGCAGAUAUUCUCGACCGGGAGACGACCAAAUCCUACUGGUUGACAGUGUAUGCGACUGAUCAUGGUGUCGUCCCACUCUACACUACGAUUGAAGUCUACAUUGAAGUGGAGGAUGUAAAUGACAAUGCCCCCCUCACCUCUGAACCUAUCUAUUACCCAGCUGUCAUGGAAAACUCCCCGAAGGAUGUAUCUGUCAUUCAGAUCCAAGCCCAGGACCCUGACUCCAGCACUAGUGAAAAACUGACUUACCGGAUUACAAGUGGAAAUCCCCAGAACUUCUUUGUAAUCAAUCCCAAAACAGGUCUGAUUACAACAACGUCAAGAAAAUUGGAUCGGGAACAGCAAGCAGAGCAUUUUUUGGAGGUAACCGUCUCAGAUGGGGGCACAUCUCCCAAGCAGUCCUCCGUUUGGGUGGUGGUCCAGGUUCUGGAUGAGAAUGAUAAUAAACCUCAGUUUCCGGAGAAAGUCUAUCAGAUCAAGCUGCCAGAGAGGGACCGUAAGAAAAGAGGGGAGCCAAUCUACAGAGCUUUUGCUUUUGACAAAGACGAAGGCCCUAAUGCAGAAAUCUCAUACAGCAUUGUGGAUGGAAACGAUGAUGGGAAAUUUUUUAUUGAUCCCAAAACAGGGAUGGUUUCUUCCAGGAAGCAGUUCACAGCAGGGAGUUAUGACAUCUUAACAAUAAAAGCAGUGGACAAUGGUCGGCCCCAAAAAUCUUCAACGGCACGCCUCCAUAUUGAGUGGAUAAAAAAACCUGCGCCCUCGCCCGUGCCCCUGACUUUUGAUGAACCCUUUUACAACUUCACCGUCAUGGAAAGCGAUAAAGUGACAGAAAUAGUCGGGGUGGUCUCUGUGCAGCCAUCUAACAUUCCUCUCUGGUUUGAUAUUGUCGGAGGGAAUUACGAUAGUUCUUUCGACGCGGAGAAGGGAGUGGGCACUAUUGUCAUUGCAAAGCCCUUGGAUGCAGAGCAGAGGUCAAUAUAUAAUAUGACUGUGGAGGUCACCGAUGGAACAAACAUUGCCACGACUCAGGUUCUUAUCAAAGUGUUGGAUAACAAUGAUAAUGGCCCAGAAUUCUCUCACCCGAGUUACGAUGUCACCAUUUCAGAGGACAUCCUCCCUGAUACUGAAAUUCUGCAGAUUGAAGCUAUAGACAGAGACGAAAAGCAUAAGUUGAGCUACACUAUUCACAGCAGCAUCGAUACAGUCAGCGUGAGAAAAUUCAGAAUUGAUCCCAGCACUGGGGUGCUCUAUACUGCUGAGAGAUUAGACCACGAAGCUCAAGAUAAGCACAUCCUUAAUGUCAUGGUUCGAGAUCAAGAAUUCCCUUAUAGAAGAAACCUGGCCAGAGUCAUCAUAAAUGUGGAAGACUCCAAUGACCAUAGUCCAUACUUUACCAGCCCAUUGUAUGAAGCCUUGGUGUUUGAAUCAGCAGCAGUUGGAUCAGCAGUCUUACAGGUCACGGCUUUGGACAAAGACAAAGGGGAAAACGCAGAGCUUAUCUACUCUAUUGAAGCAGGAAAUACAGGAAACACAUUCAAGAUUGAACCAGUUUUAGGAAUCAUUACAUUACUGAAGGAGCCAGACUUAACCACAAUGGGACAGUUUGUUUUGUCAGUCAAAGUGACCGAUCAAGGUUCUCCACCACUGUCUGCAACAGCGAUUGUGCGGAUAUCUGUGACGAUGGCAGACAACUCCCACCCCAAGUUCACUCUCAAAGAAUACCAAGCGGAGGUUAAUGAAAACGUAGAUAUUGGUACUUCUGUCAUCUCUCUCUCUGCAAUCAGUCAGUCCACGUUAGUUUAUGAGGUUAAAGAUGGGAAUGUGGAUGGAGUCUUCACUAUAAACCCAUAUUCUGGAGUGAUCACCAGUCAAAAGGCCCUUGAUUAUGAACGCGCUUCCUUCUAUCAGCUCAUCGUACAGGCAACAAAUAUGGCAGGCAUGGCAUCAAAUGCCACUGUGAACAUUCAGAUUGUUGAUGAAAAUGAUAACCCACCAGUUUUUCUCUUCUCUCAGUACUCGGGCAGCAUAAGUGAAGCUGCUCCUGUAAAUAGCAUAGUCCGGAGUGCAAAUAACAGUCCCCUCGUGAUACGUGCCACUGAUGCUGACAGCAACCAGAAUGCUUUGCUUGUCUACCAGAUUGUUGAAUCUACUGCAAAAAAAUAUUUCACAGUAGAUUCCAGCACAGGUGCAAUCAGAACAAUUGCAAAUUUAGAUCAUGAAACAAUAGCCCACUUCCACUUCCACGUGCAUGUUAGAGACAGUGGGAAUCCCCAGCUUACAGCAGAGAGCCCAGUUGAAGUGACCAUUGAGGUAACUGAUGUCAAUGACAACCCACCGGUCUUCAGCCAGGCAGUAUUUGAGACGGUUUUGCUCCUGCCCACAUAUGUUGGUGUUGAAGUUCUCAAAGUCAAGGCUACAGACCCAGAUUCAGAGAUCCCUCCUGAACUAACUUAUAGUCUAAUUGAAGGCAAUAUGGACCAUUUUUUAAUUGAUUCAAGCACAGGGGUACUCACCAUUAAAAACAAUAGCCUCUCCAAAGACCAUUAUAUGCUAAUAGUAAGAGUAUCUGAUGGGAAAUUUUAUAGCACUGCUAUGGUGACAAUAAUGGUAAAAGAAGCCAUGGAUAGUGGGCUCCAUUUCACACAAAAUUUUUAUUCCACUUCUAUCUCAGAAAACACCACCAAUAUCACAAAGAUUGCUGUGGUGAAUGCUGUUGGUAACCGCCUCAAUGAGCCUUUGAAAUACAGUAUAUUAAACCCAGGCAACAAAUUUAAAAUCAAAUCCACCUCAGGAGUCAUUCAGACAGCUGGCAUCCCCUUCGACCGAGAGGAACAAGAGCUGUAUGAGUUGGUGGUGGAAGCAAGUCGUGAACUAGAUCACCUUCGUGUUGCUCGAGUGGUGGUGAGGGUUUACAUUGAGGACAUAAAUGACAAUGCUCCAGUGUUCGUAGGGCUUCCGUACUAUGCUGCUGUGCAAGUCGAUGCUGAGCCUGGUACCCUGAUAUAUCGAGUGACGGCUAUUGAUAAAGAUAAGGGUGAAAAUGGUGAGGUGUCCUAUCUUCUGAAAGAAGACUAUGGACAUUUUGAAAUCGAUAGAGGAUCUGGUAGUGUCACUUUAAAAGAAGCCUUCAAUUCUGAUUUGUCUAAUAUAGAGUAUUUGGUUGUCAUUCUUGCAAAAGAUGGUGGUAACCCAUCGUUGUCUGCUUCAGUAGAGCUCCCCAUUACUAUUGUUAACAAAGCGAUGCCUGUAUUUGACAAGCCCUUCUAUACAGCUUCCGUGAAUGAAGAUGUGGAAAUGCACACGCCGAUUUUAAGCAUAAAUGCAACCAGUCCAGAAGGCCAGGGCAUCAUUUAUAUCAUUGUCGAUGGAGAUCCCUACAACCAGUUUAAUAUUGACUUUGAUACUGGAGUUCUGAGUGUCAUCAGCCCACUGGACUACGAAAUAAAUUCUCUUUUCAAGCUGAUGGUGCGAGCCAGCGAUGCCCUCACUGGCGCUCGAGCUGAGGUCACUGUGGACUUGAUCAUUAAUGAUGUUAAUGAUAAUCCUCCCAUUUUCGAUCAGUCGACUUACAAUGCUACUUUGUCUGAAGCAUCUUUGAUUGGGACUCCUGUACUGCAGGUUGUUGCUAUUGAUGCUGACUCUGACAAUAACAAGAUUGUGCAGUAUCAGAUAGUCCAGGACACCUUUAACAGCACGGACUAUUUCCAUAUAGACAGCACCAGUGGCCUAAUUCUGACAGCCCGGAUGCUCGAUCAUGAACUCAUACAGCAGUGCAGCUUGAAAGUCAGAGCAACCGAUAAUGGCUUCCCGCCACUAAGCAGUGAGGUUCUUGUUAGUAUCUCAAUAACAGAUAUGAAUGACAACCCUCCAGUUUUUAACCAGUUAAUAUAUGAAUCGUAUGUGAGCGAACUGGCACCUCGGGGUCAUUUUGUGACUUGCGUCCAAGCCUCUGAUGCUGACAGCUCCGAUUUUGACAGACUGGAGUACAGCAUCCUAUCAGGAAAUGAUCGGACCAGUUUUAUUAUGGACAGCAAGAGCGGUGUUAUCACCCUUUCCAACCAUCGCAAACAGCGAAUGGAGCCCAUGUACAGCCUAAAUGUCUCUGUGUCAGACGGGCUGUUCACCAGCACAGCUCAGGUGCACAUACAGAUCCUUGGGGCCAACCUCUACAGCCCUGUGUUUUCGCAGAGCGUUUAUGUUGCAGAGGUUAGAGAAAACGCUGCUCCUGGAACUAAGGUAAUCCAUGUGAAGGCAACAGAUGGGGAUUCGGGUGUAUAUGGCCAGAUAAGCUACUCCAUAAUAAAUGACUUUGCCAAGGACCGAUUUUUGAUUGAUAGCAAUGGGCAGAUUCUGACAACUGAGAGGUUAGACCGGGAGAACCCGCUGGAAAGUGAUAUUGGUAUAUUUCUGAGAGCCCUUGAUGGCGGUGGCAGGACUACGUUUUGCACUGUGAGAGUGAUAGUAGUGGAUGAGAAUGACAACGCUCCUCAAUUUAUGACGGUCGAAUACAGAGCAAGUGUCAAAGCAGAUGUUGGGAAAGGUUACUUGGUGACCCAAGUACAAGCGGUAGAUCCAGAUGAUGGAGCCAAUUCCAGAAUUACCUAUUCUCUGUAUAGUGAAGCCUCUGUUUCAGUAGCUGAUCUGCUUGAAAUAGAUCCAGACAAUGGAUGGAUGGUCACCAAGGGUAGCUUUAACCAGCUGAAAAACACAGUUCUGUCAUUCUUUGUCAAAGCAGUUGAUGGUGGCAUUCCUGUAAAGCAUUCCCUCAUUCCUGUCUACAUCCAUGUUUUACCCUCAGAAACUAUUUUGCCUUCCUUUUCUCAACCCCAGUAUUCUUUUACCAUAGCAGAAGACACCGUCAUAGGUAGUACCAUUGACAUUCUGCAUGUUUUGCCUAAUCAGGGCGCUUUGUAUAGCACAGUUAAUGGUGAACUGACUGAAAACAACAAAGAUGGGGUUUUCAUCAUAGAGCAAGACACGGGGCUCAUAAAACUGGAUAAGAGACUUGACCAUGAAACAAAUCCUGCUUUUCACUUCAAAGUUGCAGCCACCAUUCAGCUCGACAAAGUAGACAUUGUGUUGACUGUGGAUGUGGAGGUUAAGGUGUUGGACGUAAAUGAUAACAAGCCCAUGUUUGAAACGGCUAGCUAUGACGCUAUAAUAAUGGAAGGGAUGCCUAUAGGAACAAAACUUAUGCAAGUUAAAGCGGUUGAUGCAGACUCGAGUGCAAACGGGCAGGUCACUUAUACACUUGCAGUGGAAUCGGAGCUGGAGAAGAUCACGGAAGCGUUCACCAUUGAUAGCAACAGUGGCUGGAUCAGCACACUGAAGGAUCUGGACCAUGAAAAGGAUCCUGCUUUCACCUUUGCAGUGGUGGCCUCAGAUCUGGGGGAAGCUUUAUCCUUGUCGUCAACCACCUUGGUCUCAGUUACUGUGACAGAUAUAAAUGAUAACGCACCCGUCUUUGAGCAUGAGGUGUACAGAGGGUCAGUGAAGGAGAGCGACCCUCCAGGGGAAGUCGUGGCUGUUCUUAGCACCUGGGAUGAAGACACAUCUGAUGUCAACCGGCAGGUUAGCUACCAUAUUACAGGAGGGAAUCCCAAAGGGAAGUUUGCUCUGGGACUGGUUCAGAAUGAGUGGAAGGUUUAUGUUAAAAGGCCUCUAGAUCGGGAAGAGCAAGACAUUUAUUAUCUGAACAUCACCGCCACGGAUGGCCUCUUUGUGACCCAAGCUGCCGUGGAAGUGACCGUCACUGAUGUUAAUGAUAAUAAUCCAGUUUGUGAACAGGUUGCGUACACAGCACUGUUUCCUGAAGACAUUCCAUCAAACAAAGUCAUUCUUAAAAUCAGCGCUAAAGAUGCUGACAUUGGGUCCAAUGGCGAAAUUCGCUAUUCUCUCUAUGGUGCUGGGAACAAUAAAUUUUUCUUAGAUCCAGAAAAUGGUGAGCUGAAAUCCUUGGCCCCUCUCGACCGAGAGAAAAUCCCUGCGUACAACUUGGUUGCCCGAGCCACAGAUGGUGGUGGCAGGUUUUGCCAAUCAGAAAUCCAUCUUAUUUUAGAAGAUGUUAAUGAUAAUCCACCACUGUUUUCAUCUGAUCACUACACCGCGUGUGUCUAUGAGAAUACAGCCACUAAAGCUUUGUUAACAAGAGUCCAAGCCACUGAUCCUGAUGUCGGUGUGAACAGAAAAGUUACCUAUUCCCUGGCAGACUCCGCAGACGGUUAUUUCUCAGUUGACCGGUCAUCAGGAAUCAUUAUUUUGGAGCAUCCACUUGAUAGAGAGCUUCAGUCUUCCUAUAACAUCAGUGUAAAGGCCUCAGAUCAGAGCAUUGUGCUGACCUUGUCCUCUUUUGCCACCGUUACCAUUACAGUGCUAGACAUUAAUGACAACCCCCCUGUGUUUGAAAGAAGAGAUUAUCUUGUUACAGUACCUGAAGACACCUCUCCUGGCACUGAGGUCCUUUCUGUUUUUGCUACAAGCCAAGACAUUGGUACUAAUGCUGAGAUUGCCUAUCUCAUCAGAUCAGGGAAUGAGAAAGGGAAGUUCAGGAUUAACUCAAAAACAGGAGUGAUUUCCAUUUUUGAAGCUUUGGAUUAUGAAUCGUGUAAGGAUUUCUACUUAGUAGUGGAAGCAAAAGAUGGAGGUACUCCAGCCCUGAGCGCCGUUACGACUGUGAACGUAAACGUGACAGAUGUUAAUGACAAUGCACCAAAAUUCAGCCAGGAGGUCUACAGCGCAGUCAUCAGCGAGGACGCCGCCAUCGGUGAUUCGGUGAUUAUGUUGAUAGCAGAAGAUCUGGACAGUCCUUCCAAUGGCCAGAUUCAUUUUUCCAUAGUGAAUGGGGAUCGAGACAAUGAAUUUUCGGUUGAUCCUGUUUUGGGACUCGUGAAGGUUAAAAAGAAAUUGGAUAGAGAAAGGAUAUCUGGUUAUUCAUUAGUUAUCCAGGCAAGAGACAGCGGCAGCCCUCCUUUGUCUUCAUCUGUGACGGUCAAUGUGGACAUUUCCGACGUAAACGAUAAUAGCCCUGUAUUUACUCCAGCUAACUAUACAGCUGUAAUUCAAGAAAAUAAACCAGUGGGGACAAGCAUUUUGCAGCUGGUAGUGACAGACAAAGACUCUUUUCACAAUGGCCCCCCUUUUACCUUCACCAUCCUCACCGGCAAUGAAGAGGAGGAGUUUACGCUGGACCCUCACGGCGUCUUGAGAUCUGCAGUCAUCUUCAAGCACAUGGUCGCAACUGAAUAUGUGCUCUGUGUGCAGGCAAAAGACUCUGGGAAGCCUCAGCAGGUUUCCCACACCUACGUUCAGGUGAGGGUUAUUGAAGAGAGCAUUCACAAACCAACUGCCAUUCCACUGGAGAUUUUCAUUGUCACCAUGGAAGAUGAUUUUCCUGGAGGAGUCAUUGGGAAAAUUCAUGCCACAGAUCAGGAUGUGUACGAUGUCCUCACAUAUACACUAAAAUCAGAGCAGAAAAGUUUGUUCAAAGUCAACAGCCACGAUGGAAAGAUCAUUGCCCUUGGAGGGCUCGAUAACGGCAAGUAUGUCCUGAAUGUCUCUGUCAGUGAUGGCCGGUUCCAGGUACCCAUCGACGUUGUGGUCCACGUUGAGCAAUUGCUACAAGAAAUGCUGCAGAACACAGUCACCAUCCGUUUUGAGAACGUUUCCCCAGAAGACUUUGUGGGCCUUCACAUGCACGGGUUCAGGCGUACCUUGCGAAACGCAGUGCUCUCUCAAAAACAAGACAGCCUGCACAUCAUCAGUAUUCAGCCGGUGGCAGGCAGCAAUCAGCUUGACAUGCUGUUUGCGGUUCAGAUGCACAACAGCGGUUUCUAUAAGCCCGCCUAUUUGAUUCAGAAGCUUACCAAUGCAAGGAGACACUUGGAAAAUGUGAUUCGUAUUUCUGCUAUCUUGGAGAAGAAUUGCUCUGGUCUGGAUUGUCAGGAACAACACUGUGAGCAAAGUCUAUCUAUUGAUUCACAUUCCCUGAUGACCUAUAGCACGGCACGAAUUAGUUUCGUGUGCCCCCGCUUUUACAGGAAUGUGCGCUGCAUGUGCAAUGGAGGACUCUGCCCAGGGUCUAACGAUCCCUGUCUGGAGAAGCCGUGUCCAGGGGACAUGCAGUGUGUGGGGUAUGAAGCUAACCGGAGACCGUUCAUCUGCCAGUGCCCACCAGGAAAGCUUGGCGAAUGUUCAGGCCACACUUCUCUUAGUUUUGCUGGGAAUAGCUACAUUAAAUACCGGGUUUCUGAAAAUAGCAAGAAAGAGGAAUUCAAGUUGGCUCUCCGUCUGCGAACGCUGCAAAGCAAUGGGAUUAUAAUGUACACCAGAGCGAAUCCCUGUAUAAUUCUGAAGAUUGUUGAUGGCAAACUGUGGUUCCAGUUGGACUGCGGAAGUGGCCCAGGAAUCCUGGGAAUUUCUGGCAGGGCCGUUAACGAUGGAAGCUGGCAUUCGGUGUUCCUGGAGCUGAAUCGCAAUUUCACGAGCUUGUCCCUGGACGACAGCUACGUGGAGCGCCGCAAAGCCCCCCUCUAUUUCCAGACUCUCAGCACAGAUAGCUCCGUCUACUUCGGCGCCCAGGUCCAAGUGGAUAACGUCCGCAGCCUGACCGACAAGAGAACAACGCAGGUCUUGAGUGGCUUUCAAGGCUGCCUGGAUUCAGUUGUCCUAAAUAACAACGAACUGCCGCUCCAAAACAAGCGCAGCAGCUUUGCAGAAGUGGUUGGCCUGACCGAAUUAAAGCUUGGCUGCGUCCUCUACCCCGAUGCCUGCGAGAGGCAUCCCUGCCAGAACGGCGGCACCUGUACCAGCGUGCCAUCUGGUGGCUACCAGUGCAAUUGCCUCUCCCAGUUUACGGGAAGGAAUUGUGAGUCGGAGAUCACAGCCUGCUUCCCAAAUCCCUGCCGGAAUGGAGGCUCAUGCGAUCCCAUCGGCAACGCUUUCAUCUGCAACUGCAAAAAUGGCCUGACGGGAGUAACGUGUGAAGAAGACAUCAAUGAGUGCGAAAGAGAAGAAUGUGAAAAUGGUGGCUCCUGUGUCAACAUAUUUGGUUCAUUUCUGUGUAACUGCACCCCUGGCUAUGUGGGGCAAUACUGUGGUCUUCGCCCCGUGGUGGUUCCCAAUAUUCAAGCUGGGCAUUCAUACGUCGGCAAGGAGGAACUGAUAGGAAUAGCCGUGGUCCUGUUCAUCAUAUUUGUGCUGAUCAUCCUCUUUAUCAUCUUCCGCAAGAAAGUUUUCAGGAAGAACUACUCCCGCAACAACAUCACACUCGUACAGGAUCCAGCUACUGCCGCCCUGCUCAACAAGAGCAACGGCAUCCAGUUCAAGAACAUCAGGAACAGCGGAGACAGCAGAAACAUCUACCAAGAGGUUGGGCCCCCGCAGGUCCCGGUGAGGCCGAUGGCCUAUACCCCGUGCUUCCAGAGCGACUCACGGAAUAACCUGGACAAGAUAGUGGAUGGGCUUGGUGUGGAGCACCAGGAGAUGACAACGUUUCAUCCCGAGUCCCCUCGAAUACUGACGGCCAGGCGGGGGGUGGUGGUGUGCAGCGUAGCUCCCAACUUGCCCGCCAUGUCUCCCUGCCGCUCCGACUGCGACUCCAUCAGGAAGAGCACGUGGGAUGCUGGGACGGAAAGUAAAGGGGUUGAUGACGCUGAAGAAGUGACCUGUUUUGCAGGAAGUAAUAAAGGCAGCAACUCCGAAGUACAAUCCCUCAGCUCCUUCCAGUCUGAUUCCGGUGACGAUAAUGCGUAUCAUUGGGAUACCUCUGACUGGAUGCCAAGUGCACGCUUGUCUGACAUUGAGGAGGUGCCCAAUUUUGAGACGGCGGAUGGAGGCUCGGCUCAUCACGGCAGUACCAGAGAGCUGGAGACAGAUUACUACCUUGGUGGCUACGACAUCGACAGCGACUACCCUCCCCCUCAUGAAGAGGAGUUUUUAAGCCAGGACCAGUUACCGCCUCCUCUUCCAGAGGAUUAUCCGGACCAGUAUGAAACCCUCCCGCCCUCGCAGCCGGUCUCAAUGGCAAGUACGCUCAGCCCCGACUGCAGGCGACGGCCGCACUUCCACCCUAGCCAGUACCUCCCUCCUCACCAGUUCCCCAAUGAGACGGACACCACGGGGUCUCAGACUGGGAACGAAUUUAGUACUUUUGCUGUUGGCCCAAGCCAGAACACAGAAAACGUUACUGCAGGUAAGAUGCCCUUAUCCUUGCACAACUCUCUAGAUGCCUCCUCCUCUGACGUCUCAGCCAGCUGCGGCUUUGAUGACUCCGAAGUAGCCAUGAGUGACUAUGAAAGCGUGGAGGAACUCAACCUAGAAAAUGUUCACAUUCCAUUUGUGGAGACCCAGCAUCAGACACAAGUGUAAAGGAAGCUCCUUCUUCUUCUUCUUCCUCCUCUUCUUCUCUUUUUUUUUUUUUUUUUGUCAUUUGGUCAAAUUAAUAGUAUAAAUAUUGAGAAGAAAUUUUGCUGAAGGUGUAUCUAUAUAUAUUGGGCAAGGCAAAAAUACAGUAUAACCCAUUAUUAACUUGUUCAGAAAUGAUACUGUAUGUGCAGACACGAAGAGACCAAUUGUGCUAAGUAUUAUACAUCACAAAAUUGUUACAGACAAUCUGGAGAGUAUGUACCUUCUAUUUAUUACCAAGAGUAAAACUCAGCUUUUGAGGCAGGGGGAAACAAUAAUUGCUAAAUAAUUUCUUUCUCUUCCCCAAAGUUUGAUUUUUCUUUUUUUUUUUUUUUUUUGUAUUGUAUUAUUAAAAGUGUUACAGUGUUAUGGUGUCCCCACAGUAUUAAGGAACUGGUAUGGAUCAUUCCAAGAUGUACUGUUGCAUGAAGUUUUAUGUCAGUGAAAGAGUGAAAGCAAUUGAUCGCUGAGGCUGCUGUGUACAACACGUCAGAUGGCUGAAAAAACAGCAUUUACAAAUUGACCUAUCAAAAACAAG